AUGAGGGACAGCCGACCAAGAGGACUGAUACUGAUAAGCAGUAAGGAAGUCUGUGUCCCUCUCGAGCAUCAGUGUAACGGUUUCCGUGACUGCUCAGACGGCUCGGAUGAAGAGUAUUGCACGGAUAGUUGUCCUCUCUUGGUCUUCAAUUGCAAGGAUUCGGACGUUUGUAUUUACUUCGAGUACCUAUGUGAUACUAUAUUCGAUUGCCCAGAUGGUUCAGAUGAAAACAAGUGCGAGAAAUGUGAGCAAUACCAGUGUGGAGGCGAUGCUGGUUCGUGUUUCCUAGAUCGCGACCGAUGUGACGGGUUUGUCGAUUGUCCCGACGGUUUGGAUGAGAAGAAUUGCACAUGUCCUCUCGGUAUGCUAGAAUGUAAGGAAGGUUUACCAUUCCCGUGCAUACAUGAUGCACUCCUGUCACAAUGUGGCAUGCGUGACUGCCCCAAAGCAACUAAUAACACUGCUAUUAACUGCAUCUCAGCAUACAGCCAUGUACCAGGAUGGAACUUCAGGAAAUGUUUCACAAACGAGUUCGAAUGUGAAACAUUGUCCAUUUGUGUCCCUUUGUCACGGGUUUGUGAUGGCAGAAAUGACUGUGGGGACCUCUCGGACGAGACGUGUGCUGACCCAAAAAGUAACCCGAAGUCCGAUUGGGCAUGUAUGUUGGGUUGGUUCGAAUGUGAGAGUAACAUGUGCGUCCCGGCCGACAGCGUCUGCGACGGCGUUGAUGACUGUGACGACGCAUCCGACGAGAGUCGAUGCGGUACGCUUAUUGUUUAA